CAUGGGAGGAGUUUUUGCGGUUACCGGUGUGUUGGCGUCUGAACCACCGAAGAAAGCGAGUCAGGUCCCGGCGUUUGCACAGAAUGGAUCGGGGGUGAAAUAACUCUGGAUUUAAAUAACUCCAGCAAUUCAGCCGAGUUUUCGCAUAGGGGAACAGAAUCAGAGAAGCAAGACUCCAUGAACUUCAUGCGGGUAUCUGUUCAUGGUGACUCCAUGUUCUCCUCCAUCACCAGCUCCAUCUCCGACCCGCGUUUCCGGUUCCGAUGGCGGGCCAUCAUCGUGGCAACGCUACUGGCGUUGGGUCUCCUGCUAUACCUGCACCAAACAUCAACAGACACUGCCAACUACAGCUCAGACAGCAGAGGGAACGUCCAGCGAUCAUGGCGUCCUGCUCGGGAUGUUUCGGGCGUGAUGGCCGCUGCCGAGACAGUCAGGUCACGUUACAACGAUACGUACCCGCUCACCCCUCCGGAACACACGGCCGAUGGGAUCCGAUACCGGAUCGGAGUCAUAGCGGACUUGGACAUGGACUCACGCAGUAAAAAGGACAACAUGUGGUUUAGUUACCUGAAACGGGGCCACCUGCUGGUGUCUGAGAGCGGUGACAGCGUUUCUGUGGAGUGGGAUCCGGACACGGUGAUUCUGGAAAGCCAUCUGUCAGAGAAGGGGCGGGGCAUGGAGCUCUCGGAGCUGGAGGCAUUUAACGGGCACCUGUACAGUGUGGAUGAUCGCACAGGUGUAGUGUACCGUAUAGAGGGAAACAGAGCCGUGCCGUGGGUCAUUUUGCCUGAUGGAGACGGCAGCGUAUCUAAAGGUUUUAAGGCGGAGUGGAUGGCUGUAAAAGAUGAGCGUCUGUAUGUCGGUGGUCUCGGUAAGGAAUGGACAACCAUCACUGGCGAGUUUGUCAACAACAACCCGGAGUGGGUGAAGGUGGUCGGUUUCCAUGGUGAUGUGGAGCACGAGAACUGGGUUCCGCAUUAUAACGCGCUCAAGACAGCAGCCGGAAUCAAACCACCAGGUUAUCUCAUUCACGAGUCGGGUGUGUGGAGUGAGCGUCUUCAGCGGUGGUUCUUUCUCCCUCGCCGUGCAAGUUCUGAACGUUACGACGAAACCGCAGAUGAACGUCGCGGCACAAACCUCGUUCUGAGCUGCUCGUCUGAUUUCAGUCAGAUCUCCGUGUCGCGUGUUGGCCCAUUGAAACCCACGCUCGGAUUUUCCUCAUUCAAAUUCAUUCCUGACACGGACGAUCAGAUCAUACUGGCGCUCAAAUCUGAGGAGGACGCGGGCCGUAUCGCCACCUACGUAACGGCCUUCACACUGGACGGACGCAUACUGCUGCCCGAUACGAAGAUCGGUGAUGUUAAAUAUGAGGGUUUGGAGUUUAUAUAGAUCAGAAGGUGAAUGAUUGGUCAGCGCAGGUCGACACAACAGCCAGUGGAGUUCAAGGGUCUCAGUGCAAGUCUUUGGCCAUUAUCAGUGGCACAAAAUACAUAUCAGAAAACAGCAGUAAGGUGACAAAUACAACUGAACAGUGUCGUCAUAUAAAGUAUAUAAUUUUUUAUAUAAAAUGUCAUUAUAAUAAUAAUGACGCUGGCUACCUCCCCUGGAGUUGCGAGUUUGAAUCUAGGGUGUGCUGAGUGACUCCAGCCAGGUCUCCUAAGCAACCAAAUUGGCCCGGUUGCUAGGGUGGGUAGAGUCACAUGGGGUAACCUCCUCGUGGUCGCUAUAAUGUGGUUCUCGCUCUCGGUGGGGCGUGUGGUGAGUUGUGCAUGGAUGCUGUGGAGAAUAGCGUGAAGCCUCCACGUGCGCUAUGUCUCCGCGGUAACGCGCUCAACAAGUCACAUGAAAAGAUAUGCGGAUUGACGGUCUCAGACGCGGAGGCAACUGAGAUUCGUCCUCCACCACCCGGAUUAAGGUGAGUCACUACGCCACCACGAGGACUUAGAGCGCAUUGGGAAUUGGGCAUUCCAAAUUGGGGAGAAAAUAAAUAUAAUAAUAAUAAAAUAUACUAUUAUUUAAAUAUUUUAAAACAGUGAUUUUUAGACUUGGGCAAUUCAUGGAAAUGAACAAAUUCCUAAAAGAUCAUGGAAACGUCCAUAGUGAACAUAUAUAUAUAUAUUUUCUUUUUUGGGGGGGGGGGGGUUGAGGUUAUGCUCGGCACUAAAAUAUUGCUCUUUGUGUGUGUGCGAUGAUUUUUGAAAAAAAAAAAAAUAUUUACUAUAUAUGUAUAUAUAUAUAUAUAUAUAUAUAUAUAUAUAUGCAACUUCAUAUUUAAGAAGUCAUGGAAAUGAAUUUGUCAAAUGGUGUAGAAACCCUGUUAUGUGCAUCUGUGGCAUUCAGGAGUCAUCUCUGUAACCUGUUACCCAUGAUGCCAUUGUGAAAUUACAGAACAUGCAUGCACAUUUGGAAGAAGUGGAUUGAAAUAGUGGCCAGUAUAUUUUCACCGUUGUUUGUGUGCAUUCUCUGCAGAUGGACGUCUAUCACAAAGUGAAUUGCAGGACUGAAGCAAUAAUAGAGGACGUCUCUUACCAAAUAGAAUAUGUGAUUGCGUUAAAAACAUUUCAUUAUUUGCCUUUAUUAAAAACAACAUCACCUCAAAACAUGUUAUUUAUGCUACUUUUGCUGUUUGUCUAAGGCCAUGUUCACACUGAUACGUUUUUGAAUUGAAAAUGCAAUUUUCUGUUUACUAAUGUCAUGAGAUUAGUGUGCGGCAUUAAAGAGUAUUGUUAAUAGAGGAAAACCCCGUUCCAGUGUGGGUGAGCGAAAACGCAUUAAAGUGUGAACGCAGCCUUAAUGUUUUAUAGCGUAUGAACUGCACUGGACAUGUUUAUAUGGAAUUAAUUUAAAGAUUAUACUUUAUAGUCUUUAUAGUGAGAAAUAUAUUAAAAUGAAUAUGCAAAUAAAGAUUUAAUAUUCA